CGGCUGCGCGCGGCCGGAGACGGGCGCCGCGCGGGAGUGUGUGAGGGGCGCGGGCUUGUGGGACCCAGGCAGCCGACGGCGGUCAUGGGAGCGGGUUGGCGGCGGCCGUAGUUGUCGGAGCCUGGGGUUCAGCUUCCCGGAGCCCCAGAGGGCGGGGCAGUCCGGGCCCGGCGGUGGCGGCGCCACUUCCCCGCUCCCGCCCUCGGAUCCUGAGGGAGCUCGCGGCGGACGAGCGGACCGGGCGGCGCGAAUCUGACUGAGGGGCGGGGACGCCGUCUGCUCCUCGCCGCUCCCGGGCCGGCCUCUCGGACAGCCCCAGGCCCCGGGGGCUGAGACCCGCGGCCGGAGCUCGAGGCGGGCGGUGGGCCCGGGCGGAGCCCCGGCCGGAGCCGGCGGGUCGGGGGCGGCGCUAGGCCCCGAGGCGGCCGGGCCGGAGCGCGGGGAACGGGAGUGCGGGCCCGGCGGUGGCGGCGGCAUGAGCCGGCCCCCGCCGACGGGGAAAAUGCCCGGCGCCCCCGAGGCCGUGUCGGGGGACGGCGCGGGCGCGAGUCGCCAGAGGAAACUGGAGGCGCUGAUCCGAGACCCUCGCUCGCCCAUCAACGUGGAGAGCUUGCUGGAUGGCUUAAAUUCCUUGGUCCUCGAUUUGGAUUUUCCUGCUUUGAGGAAAAACAAGAAUAUAGACAAUUUCUUAAAUAGAUAUGAGAAAAUUGUAAAAAAGAUCAGAGGUCUACAGAUGAAGGCAGAAGACUAUGAUGUUGUGAAAGUUAUUGGAAGAGGUGCUUUUGGUGAGGUGCAGUUGGUUCGUCAUAAGGCAUCACAGAAAGUUUAUGCUAUGAAGCUUCUUAGUAAGUUUGAAAUGAUAAAAAGAUCAGAUUCUGCUUUUUUCUGGGAGGAAAGAGAUAUUAUGGCCUUUGCCAACAGUCCCUGGGUGGUUCAGCUUUUUUGUGCCUUUCAAGAUGAUAAGUAUCUAUACAUGGUAAUGGAGUACAUGCCUGGUGGAGACCUUGUAAACCUCAUGAGUAACUACGAUGUACCUGAAAAAUGGGCCAAGUUUUAUACUGCCGAAGUUGUUCUUGCUUUGGAUGCCAUACACUCCAUGGGUUUAAUUCACAGAGAUGUGAAGCCUGACAACAUGCUUUUGGAUAAACAUGGACAUCUAAAAUUAGCAGAUUUUGGCACAUGUAUGAAGAUGGAUGAAACAGGCAUGGUGCAUUGUGAUACGGCGGUUGGAACACCUGAUUAUAUAUCACCUGAGGUUUUGAAAUCACAAGGAGGUGAUGGUUACUAUGGGCGAGAAUGUGAUUGGUGGUCUGUGGGUGUUUUCCUUUUUGAGAUGCUGGUGGGGGAUACUCCAUUUUAUGCAGAUUCACUUGUAGGAACAUACAGCAAAAUUAUGGAUCAUAAAAACUCGUUAUGUUUCCCUGAAGACGCAGAAAUUUCUAAACAUGCGAAGAAUCUCAUCUGUGCCUUCUUAACAGAUAGGGAGGUGCGACUUGGGAGAAAUGGGGUGGAAGAAAUCAAACAACAUCCUUUCUUUAAGAAUGAUCAGUGGAAUUGGGAUAACAUAAGAGAGACGGCAGCCCCUGUGGUACCUGAGCUCAGCAGUGACAUAGACAGCAGCAAUUUUGACGACAUUGAGGAUGAUAAAGGAGAUGUGGAAACCUUCCCAAUUCCUAAAGCUUUCGUGGGAAAUCAGCUGCCCUUUAUAGGGUUUACCUAUUAUAGAGAAAAUCUGUUAUUAAGUGACUCUCCAUCUUGUAAAGAAAAUGAUUCAAUACAAAUAAGGAAGAAUGAAGAAAGUCAAGAGAUUCAGAAAAAGCUAUACACAUUAGAAGAACACCUUAGCACUGAGAUACAAGCCAAAGAGGAACUAGAGCAGAAGUGCAAGUCUGUUAAUACUCGCCUGGAGAAAGUAGCAAAGGAGCUAGAAGAAGAGAUUGCCUUAAGGAAAAAUGUGGAAUCAGCAUUAAGACAAUUAGAAAGAGAAAAGGCACUUCUUCAGCACAAAAAUGCAGAAUAUCAGCGGAAAGCUGAUCAUGAAGCAGACAAGAAACGAAAUUUGGAGAAUGAUGUUAACAGCUUAAAAGAUCAACUGGAAGAUUUGAAAAAAAGAAAUCAGAACUCUCAGAUAUCCACUGAGAAAGUGAAUCAACUCCAGAGACAGCUGGAUGAAACCAAUGCUUUGCUGCGAACAGAAUCUGAUACUGCGGCCCGGUUAAGAAAAACCCAGGCAGAAAGUUCAAAACAGAUUCAGCAGCUGGAAUCUAACAAUAGAGAUCUACAAGAUAAAAAUUGCCUGCUGGAAACUGCCAAGUUAAAACUUGAAAAGGAUUUUAUCAAUCUGCAGUCAGUUCUAGAAUCUGAAAGGAGGGACCGAACCCAUGGAUCAGAGAUUAUUAAUGAUUUACAAGGUAGAAUAUCUGGCCUGGAAGAAGAUUUAAAGAAUGGCAAAAUCUUAUUAACCAAAGUAGAGAUGGAGAAGAGACAACUACAGGAGAGAUUUACUGAUUUGGAAAAGGAGAAGAAUAACAUGGAAAUAGAUAUGACAUACCAACUGAAAGUUAUACAGCAGAGCUUAGAACAGGAAGAGGCUGAACAUAAGGCUACAAAAGCACGGCUUGCAGAUAAAAAUAAAAUUUAUGAAUCCAUUGAAGAAGCUAAAUCAGAAGCCAUGAAAGAAAUGGAAAAAAAGCUCUUGGAGGAAAGAACUUUAAAACAGAAAGUAGAGAACUUGUUGCUGGAAGCUGAGAAAAGAUGCUCCAUAUUAGACUGUGACCUCAAACAGUCACAGCAGAAAAUCAAUGAACUCCUCAAACAGAAAGAUGUGCUAAAUGAGGAUGUUAGAAACUUAACAUUAAAAAUAGAGCAGGAAACUCAGAAGCGCUGCCUUACACAAAAUGACUUGAAGAUGCAAACACAGCAAGUUAACACGCUAAAAAUGUCAGAAAAGCAGUUAAAACAAGAGAACAAUCAUCUCAUGGAAAUGAAAAUGAGCUUGGAAAAACAGAAUGCUGAACUUCGAAAAGAACGUCAAGAUGCAGAUGGGCAAAUGAAAGAGCUCCAAGAUCAGCUUGAAGCAGAGCAGUAUUUCUCAACCCUCUACAAAACACAGGUUAGAGAACUGAAAGAAGAAUGUGAAGAGAAGACCAAGCUGUGUAAGGAAUUGCAGCAGAAGAAACAGGAACUGCAGGAUGAAAGAGACUCCUUGGCUGCUCAACUGGAGAUUACCUUGACCAAAGCAGAUUCUGAGCAGCUGGCUCGUUCAAUUGCCGAAGAACAAUAUUCUGACUUGGAAAAAGAGAAGAUCAUGAAAGAGCUGGAGAUCAAAGAGAUGAUGGCUAGACACAAGCAGGAACUCACGGAAAAAGAUACUACAAUCGCAUCCCUUGAAGAAACGAAUAGGACACUAACUAGUGAUGUUGCCAAUCUUGCAAAUGAGAAAGAAGAAUUAAAUAACAAAUUGAAAGAUGCCCAAGAGCAACUAUCAAGAUUGAAAGAUGAAGAGAUAAGUGCAGCAGCUAUUAAAGCGCAGUUUGAGAAGCAGCUGUUAACAGAGAGAACACUCAAAACUCAAGCUGUGAAUAAGUUGGCUGAGAUCAUGAAUCGGAAAGAACCUGUUAAGCGUGGUAAUGACACAGAUAUGCGGAGAAAAGAAAAGGAGAAUAGAAAGCUACAUAUGGAACUUAAAUCUGAACGUGAAAAACUGACCCAGCAGAUGAUCAAGUAUCAGAAAGAACUGAAUGAAAUGCAGGCUCAAAUUGCUGAAGAGAGUCAGAUUCGAAUUGAACUGCAGAUGACACUGGACAGUAAAGACAGUGACAUUGAGCAGCUGCGAUCCCAGCUCCAGGCCUUGCAUAUAGGUCUGGAUAGUUCCAGCAUAGGCAGCGGACCAGGGGAUGCUGAAGCAGAUGAUGGGUUUCCAGUUCAUAUCACUCAGUCACACACUAUGGAAUCCAUGUCAUUCACCUACCAACGUUCCUCUACUUCUCUCAAUAUUGCCACUAAGCCUUCCAGUUCUCAUAUGCUUCUUGACUCUGAUUCUGACUCAGAAGAAGAAUCUGUGCCUUACUUACCUAUUUCGUCGGAACCUAAUGGUACAGAAUCAAGAUUAGAAGGAUGGCUUUCAUUGCCUGUGCGAAACAACACUAAGAAAUUUGGAUGGGUUAAAAAGUACGUGAUUGUAAGCAGUAAGAAGAUCCUUUUUUAUGACAGUGAACAAGAUAAAGAACAAUCUAACCCGUACAUGGUUUUAGAUAUAGACAAGUUAUUUCAUGUUCGACCAGUUACACAGACAGAUGUAUAUAGAGCAGAUGCUAAAGAAAUUCCAAGGAUAUUCCAGAUUCUCUAUGCCAAUGAAGGAGAAAGUAAGAAGGAGCAAGAAUUUCCCGUAGAGCCGGUGGGAGAAAAAUCAAAUUGUAUUUGCCACAAGGGACAUGAAUUUAUUCCUACUCUCUACCAUUUCCCAACCAACUGUGAGGCCUGUAUGAAGCCAUUGUGGCACAUGUUUAAACCUCCUCCUGCUUUGGAGUGCCGUCGCUGCCAUAUUAAAUGUCAUAAAGAUCACAUGGAUAAAAAGGAGGAAAUUAUAGCACCCUGCAAAGUGUAUUAUGACAUUUCAUCGGCAAAGAAUCUAUUAUUAUUAGCAAAUUCUACAGAAGAGCAGCAAAAGUGGGUUAGUCGGUUAGUGAAAAAGAUACCUAAGAAGCCUCCAGCUCCAGACCCUUUUGCACGGUCAUCUCCUAGGACAUCAAUGAAAAUACAACAAAACCAGUCUAUCAGACGGCCAAGUCGACAGCUUGCCCCAAACAAACCAAGAUUGCUUGAUUUGGCAUUUAAAGACUGGGAUUGGUCGUUUGAUGAUAUUGAUGGUGGUGAUGAUGAUGGCGAUGUUUUUGAUUUCUGAAGAAGUAAAUGGGCUAACUGCCUUCUGUGAAUGCAGUCAUUAGUCAAGGUGAUCAUAUUCUUCCAGCUGAAACAAGACUGAAAUAUGAUGGCCCAAAAUUUAUUAAAAAGCUAUAUUUUCUUGAGAGACUGAUAAACACAUACAUAUAUAUGUUCCCUUUAUUCCUGCAAUAUAAAUUAUAAAUCUUGGAUAGAUUUUCUGGGCUCUUUUGGAGCAACAAGUUGAGCCAGCAGUGAUUGGCUAAUCAGAUAAGAAUAUCAUGUGCAACUCUUCCAAGUUCGUUCCAUCCAGCUCUCUUGGCAGUCACUCAUACACUACAUUGCAUAAAAGGAUUGAGAAGAGUUAAAGUUUAAAGAAGUCAUCUUUUCAGCUUCAACAGAGAGAUUUCACCAGCACAUUUGCCAGAAGAAUCUGGGAGUGGGUUCCACUACAGUGAUACAGACUGCAUCUUUAAGAAGUGACCAGUGUGUGUGUGUGUGUGUGUGUGUGUGUGUGUAUCCGCAUGCAUUCAUGCACACACACACACAUAUAUAGUACUGUAAUACUGCAAGAGGGUUUUUUUUAACUUCCCACUUUAUUUUUUUAUAAACAUUAAUCCAAUAUCAUUACUUAACUGCAGUUGCAACUAUGCACUUGUAUAAAGCCAUAAUGUUGGAGCUCAUAUCAUUCAUUUGCGUGUACCUGAUGGAAGCUGCAUGUUUAUGUUUAAGCAAUUACUGUAACACACAGUUUAAAGUUAAUUCUGUCAGUUUCCUAAUGCUUCAUAAUAGGCAACGUUACCCAUUUUGAAUGCCUUAAUUUAAUUUUUUUUCAAAAUUCCAACUCUUUUCUGUAUUUAAAAAAAAAAACAAAAGCAAAAAACAAAAAAAGAACAAGUGUUUACCAGCUGUUAGGAUGCAGAUUUGCUUUGCAGGAGAAAAAUAGUGCACUAUUUUUACACAUAAUAGUUAUCAAUGUCAGCCUAUUUUGAUUGUAUAACAGAUUUUUUUUAAGUAUCGGUGAUAAAAACAAUAAUGGAUAGUGUUGGAACUAAUAUAUCUGUUAUGUAUAAUCUAUUACUCAUCCGACCCUUUUACAGACCUCAGUAUUAGUUUGUGACUAUGAAGCGGUUUCUUUGCUUUUAAUUUGCUGGCUACCCUAGAUGUGUUUUUAUUUCUGGUAAAGACAUUUGUGACUAUUUUUUACAUUUUCACACUCAAGAUUCAAAAAUUAUCUCAAGUACAAAGAAAACUUAAGACAUACUGUACAUAUAUUUUAAAUAUUUAAAUGUGAUCCCUUAAACAGACAGCUGUAUGGCAAUAUUGCAGUAUUGGGUUAAGAAAACUGAUGACUGGGAAAAAGAGGCCUCAAAGGCACUUAACUUGAUUUUUAUUUUUUUAAAUGCUGUUAAAGUUACAAUUUAUGGAGGACUAUUCCUGCUAUAUUUCUUGUUAUCCCAGAAAAGUGUAUGUUUUAUACUACUACAGUAUGCAUCAGUAAGAACCAAGUAAAAAGAAAUUACGUAGUCUUUUAUCAGUCUCUCUUUAUAUAUAUAUACAGAUAGACAGAAUUUGACAUGAUACUGAAAUAUGUCAUCUAACAUUUCAAUGAAGGAGGUAGACAUUUUUCAUUGAUUCCUCCCGGGGUCAGUGUAGAGGUGUUUAAAGUGUUAGAUCCUUAAUUAUAGAUAUUAUUGUGAAAAUUGAAGCGUGGCCUUCGGCUCCUGAUGUACUGAAACUGAAUCUCGUUAUUACAUUAUCCAGUCUGCACUCUUUCAUGCUGUCUGUGCUAAAACUAGAUAUGCAUGCUAUUCCCUUGCAGCUAUGUUCUGGUUUAGGGGCACAGCUUUUUUUUUUUUUUUUUUUUUUUAAGUAAGAUUAAAAAAUAUAUAAAAUUUAUAUAGAAUAAAUAUUUCCAUUCAUUAGACUUGUUAAAAGGAGACUGAAUUAAUAUUUUAUAUAAAGAUUUUGUUACACUAUGGGAGGUUCUAUCAUAUUAUUCUGAAUUGGAGAGUAUAUAUAUAUAUAUUUUUAAUAAACUUUAUUAAGGUGAAAUAAUUUGAAGUUUACACAUGAGUAAUUGAAAUAUUUGAGUAAAAAUGGCAAAAGUUUAAAUUUUGAAUGCUGUAUAUAUUAGAAUAUAUGGAGAAUCACGGUGUGAUGCAACUAUACACAAAAAAUUAAUGUGAAGUUUCAAGCGGGGGGGUAAAGCUGUCCUAAGGGGCGGAAAAAAAAUUUCUCCAUGAAGACGCUUCACUUUAUAUGGUUCGACAUAAGAAUUUAUAAAGUUGUUUGUCCAACUAAUGGAACUGUGCUUAUUAAUAAAAAAUCCUGACCUCGGGUAACAGGCCGCCUUGUACCCUGUUGCUGGCUUCAUGUACAUACAUAAGUGCAUGCACCCAUCCAAAUGCUCUCUUCCCAACAUCCACUAAAUAGGACCUUGACUUGGUUUAACAACCUGAUUUUGUGCCAGCUUCUCUUAAGGCUCCAAGGCUUGAAAGAUAAAUUGAAGACCGAGAGUUGCUUAUUUCCUCACACCUGAUUUCUCCUAGAGCCAUAAAUACCUCCUUUUGAGAACGAAGAAGUAGUGAAGACGGGGAUUUUCUAAGUCUGAUUUUUUUACUUUUGUGGGAAUAGUGAGACACAGUAGAAGGAAAACUGGUGCCAGGAUGACUUUGAGAAUUACUGUAUAGUGCAUUUUUGAAAAGAAUGUUUGAAAACUGCUAUCUAGAAGCAAGAUUUAAAAAAAAAAAAAAAGCUUAUCUGAAAGUUUAAAAUGCUCUAGAACUAAAGCAUAAGUAUACCAAUAAAUCUAAAAUAAAGGUUAGUGCUUUUAAAACUAACCUAUGCUAAAGUGAUACUGUUCUGGCUCUGAAGGAUCUCCUUUGUACCAGUUUAUCUGUAGAUCCUCAAGAAGACAUUCUUUAGGUUGCCAAACCACAAUUUAAGAAGUAAUGCUGCUGCUGUUAAUCUAUUCUUAAAGGAUUCGGGUGGUUAAAACAGAGAAACGUAGACACUAUGUUACCUUCUGAAACACACUUUAAAUAUCAUGUUUAAAAGGCCUGAUGAGAGCAAGUCCCUUCUGAGUUUCUUGGUCUGUGUCGACACUGCUCCUGACUCGCCUCUCCUGUCCUGGAAGGAGACUUCAGUGUCCCUGUAUCGUGAAGAGACCGUAGUUGGUUUGUGAAGCACUUUGAAGAUAAGCACUGUGUGACAGUGCUGAAUAUUAUGCCUGGGGGGGCCUCUCCUUGAUUCCCUUCCCCAUAAUAAAGAGCUGUGUUUGGAACUGUAAUAAGUUAUGAACUGCAUGGUUUAGAUAAUCAUAAAUAUUUGAUCAGCUGUCCCCUUGAACAAAAAUCGUACACCCUGAUUUUUUUUAAAUUUUGUUGCAUCUUUGUAGUAAUGUAAUUGUAUCUUAUGCCUGCUUUUUAUAUUAAAAAAAUAAAAGAAAUUAAGACAUAA